UCUGAUUUGCCGCAGUCUGUGGAUUAACUACAUGACGCUUUCAGAGGCUCAAAAAGCCUUUGAAGGUGUUUGCGAUGUCACUGCUUAGAUAUCCAACAGCAGUGAAGAACAGAUGAUGGUUUCUGCCGAAAUAAACAAACGCUUUGCCGGGGUGCCGCACACCAGCCCCUCUCGGCAUCAGUACUUACGUGAACUCCUCCGCUUCCCCGCCAGCCUAAGCGAGCUCAAGGUCAAUUCACGCUGUGCCGGAGAUCAGCUCACCCGGACUGUACCCAGCCUGGCCCUCAGCUUUACCGAGCGCCAUUGUGGGAAGGGCAAAACCAAGGAGCCGCCUGAGCCGAAGAGAGGGUGGGAGACGGAGCGGCUCUGGGGUAACCUGGCGGCCAUGCAGACAGAAAUCGGGCCACCCGUGAGGCAGCUCCCCGGCUGCCGGGUGAGGUUUACCCGCGCUAGCCGGCCGGCUGCCUGCGCCCCUGCCCCUGCCCCUCCGCUGGGCCGCUCCCGACCACCUCGCCUGCUCUCUGCCCGGGCCUACGCUCUCCUUCCCCCGACUCCAUCGAGGCUGCGCAGCCGAGUCCCUGCCGGUGGCUGUUUCCUGGUCUCAGUACCUAACGCCAGCAGAACGCCUUCCGCGCCCUGGACUGGUGCAAUUUCUUCUUCUGAGUUCAAACCAGAGGCUCCUGUCCUAUCAGCUUCUCCUAAUUCACUUUCCUAA